CCACAACACGAACACAUACUCCAGCUGCGACUACAACUGCAAAACGACAGAAAGUACGAGCCGAAAGAUCUGUUGAUAGAGAAAAUGCAAUAGCAGAAUCAUCACGCACUGCUCGAACAUCCCCAAUAAUCCUCCCUCCUCUUCCGGAUCGACCGCCAAGCGCAAAUCGAUCACCGAGCUUAAUUUCUCUACCAUCAAGCGUAAAUUGUUCACCGAGUGCGAUUUCUCUGCCACCAAUACAAUCUACAAGAGAGAAUGACAUGAAUGGAAAUGUCACGUUACCAUCGUUACGAUCGUUUUUAUCGAUCGACUCUACCGAUACGAGCGGAAGUCCUUCAACACCGGGAAGUGACAACGGAUUUAGAGAGGAAGUGCAAGUAGUAGAUUUAACAGUUACACCGGUCAGGGGCGGGAAUAGCAGGACAGAGGGUGAGGCGAAUACGAAUUCAUUUGAGAUGUUGAAUUUAUUGAACACGUUUUCAGCAAUUUCAUCAUCAACAUCUUCAAAUCCCGCAUACUAUGCUACACCACCAUCUUCAUCACCACUUCGCUCUGUCACAAAUUAUAAAGAUGAUGUCGUUGAUUUGACACUAUCUACUCCAAGGCCACAAUCGAGUGAAGUAAUCGUUAUUGAUGACGCUUCUCCUACGCCGUCGCCCAAGCCGCCCAAGCCUGCGUCGUCAGAUGCGCCGCGUGGUCUUCAAAUAAAGUGUGCAAUAUGCUUAGAUUGGCCAAAGGACAUUUCAGCCACUACGUGUGGACAUAUAUUUUGUAGAGAAUGUAUUCGUACUGCUGUUCGAGCACAGCGGAUGUGUUCUCUAUGCAGACAUCCACUGACUCGUCGGCAAAUUAAGAGAUUGGAAUUUAAGGUUAUGUGA